AUGAAAAGAGCGACAUUUGACUUUCUAUGUACAAAGUUAUAUGACAAACUGCAAAGAAGCUCGGUGGUGCGAGAAGCCUUAUCUGUAGAACACAGAGUUGUAGUCGCCAUAUACUUCCUUGCAUCUACUGCGGAGUACAGAACAAUUGGAAACUUGUUCGGAAUCCACAAGUCUACUGUGCAUUCUUGCGUGCAUGAUGUUUGUGAUGCAAUAGUUGCUCUACUCUUUCCAGCGUUCGUGACCUUUCUGAAGGGCCAAGGAUUGAAAGAGAUCAUCCGUGGCUUCCAGGAAACGUGGAACUUUCCUAACUGUGCUGGCGCCAUUGAUGCCACGCACAUUCCCAUUAUUGCCCCAAAAGAAGAUCACGCAGACUAUGUAAACAGGAAGGGAUGGUACUCGAUCAUACUGCAAGCAGUAUGUGACCAUAGAUACCGCUUUACUGACAUCUGUAUCGGGUGGCCAGGCCGUGUCCACGAUGCGAGAGUUUUCGCCAAUUCUCAGCUCAUGGCGCAGGCAGUAAAUGGGAACUUGUUACCAUCAUCGCCAGAAUGGACACAGGCCGUAGGACCUACAGAUGACAACAUCGACAUGCCAGUGAUCCUCAUUGGUGACGCAGAAUACCCGAUGUUUUAA